CACCGUCGUGUUUGUAUGGUCUCACGUUUUGCCUUGUUGUCCUUUCUGCAGUCUGCCUUUGUUCCACAUGUCGAGCUGUGCGUCUCGUCAUUCCUCAUUUCUCGCCCUGCUUCCCGUACUGACUCUUGGAUCUCGACCUCCCGCUUGGACACGGACCUUCUCUACCUAGCCCCUUUGGAUUUGUCCGCUUCCUCUCUCAUCACUCUGCGUCAUGACGAGGAACUAACCAACUCGACGCCCACUUUAAAGAGGUCGUAUCGGAAGGCGAAGUGCCAAAUGUCCAGCCUGGAGGAGCCCUGCUGGAGCUGCUCCUGUGCGCCGAGUGUGGAGAGCGAACACUCGUCGUCCGCCGCCGGCUGGUUGGCGUCCAAAGGCGAGGAGAUGAUGUCGGUCAUCGCCUCGGUGCUGAGCAGCGCCCACGGCUCCCUGCAGCGGGACCGGACGUUCAACCUUAUCCGCCGGGGCCUGGUGCUCUUCACCGUGGGGGUGCUGCUCGCCCUGGUGCUCAACUUGCUGCAGAUACAGAGAAACGUGACGCUGUUCCCGGAGGAGGUCAUGUCGACGCUCUUUUCGUCCGCCUGGUGGAUCCCGCCGUGCUGCGGCACAGGGGCAGCUGUGGUGGGCCUGCUGUACCCGUGUCUGGACAGCCACUUGGGAGAGCCUCACAAGUUCAAACGGGAGUGGGCGAGCGUCAUGAGGUGCAUCGCCGUCUUUGUGGGCAUCAACCACGCCAGUGUUAAACUGGACUUUGACAACAAUGUGCAGCUGUCGCUUACUCUGGCCGCCUUGUCGCUGGGCCUGUGGUGGACCUUUGACCGCUCCCGCAGCGGCUUCGGUCUGGGAGUGACCACCGCCUUCCUGGCCACCGUCUUCACUCAGCUUCUGGUCUACAACGGCGUCUACCAGUACACGUCUCCGGACUUCUUGUAUGUGCGCUCCUGGCUGCCCUGUAUAUUCUUCUCCGGCGGCGUGACUGUGGGAAACAUCGGGCGCCAACUCGCCAUGGGUUGUGUGGAAAAGCCGCACAACGACUAAAGCGAGCGGACAAGAUGGCGCACGGGCAACAUGGGAAAGAAGAGAACUUAGGUGUGUUUGGUGAUUCCGGGUGACUGCCUGCCCUCCACACACAAGGACAGCACGACGUUUGCCUUUUGGACUUUAGAAGCUGCUUCUCACUUUCACUCGACUUCAUCUUCCACCGUGUCAACUCUAAAAGGGAAAGGUAUUGAGGGGAGUCUGAGGCCCCGCCCCCUUCAAACCAAAUUAAGUAUUUGUAUCGCAUUCACACCCAAAUAAGGCGGAGAAAGAAGACCGACGGGUAUGUCAGUGCCAAUUAGAAGCGUCACAGAGUGGUUAGGGCUAAUUAGAAACAGGUAGUGUACCACACAUUGUCUACCAGGCGUUUGAUUCCCGUCUCUGCCUGAUCUUUCUAAAAGACAGACUUGUCUUUAGACCACAUGAAGACUUACUUUGCUAGUAUUGGAGCCCAGGAAUUAGUCAGUGUCCGGGCCGUGAAAGCCCAGACAUUAGUCAGCAUCCAAAGAGUCCCGCAGAGGUCAAAGUGGGUUUGGGGGCGUGUCCUACCUUUGCAAUCUGUGAUUGCUGUGUAUUGUAGAUUGUAGAACUUUGGCCAUGGAAGGUAAGGUGCUCCUCAUUCAUCUGGUGAAGUUUCGGUGCAAUCUUAUUUAUUAUCAUUUCUGUCACAACAAUGGUGUCAAAGAACAUUUAUUAGCAUCUCGGAAGGAAAAGUCUUUUAUUUUUCCAAGCUUGCUGCUGAGGAAAGCUUUACCUUUUUUUUUUUCUUGGAGGGGAUGAAGUACCUUCUUCAACUGUCUUGACCUCUUUUUGACAAAUAAAAACAUGGACAGGA